CAGUUUGUUACUCGUAAGCCCAAGGAGUUUCAACUCUCUGUUGAAACUCCUUGGUAAGCCAUAAUGACUGCAAUGUGUAAUACAGCAGGAAUGUGCCAAGUUAAUUUCUGUCGACCUUUGGCCUCAUGUCAGCCGUCUUGUUAUUACAGGAUAAAGGAAGCCGGAACUUGGAAUAAAAGUGGGUCAAAACAUUGGGAAAACACACGUGUGGUAUAUGAGGUAUAGAUCGUCAUUCCUCGCUCAAAAGGCAAUGCCGUGUUAUAAGGCGAUAACUGUUAACUAGCUUCGCAGCCGGCUGACAUUUGGUUAAAAACAGCAGAGCAGAUCUUUGUAAGUGUAGCAGGUUUUGAGGGAUUCACCAAGGUCUCGCUGACAGCCGUUCCCAGGAUUCCAGUUGCCAAGGUACAGCCUGGUAGUACCCAACGUGUACACAACAGAGCAACCCAGAUGGCAAGUGCAGUUGUUGUGCUUUUGAUCUUGAUUCUGGCAAUUGUGCCACCAGAUUGCAGCGCAUUGAGACAGUGUUUCAUUCACUGCAGGACUCCAUCUAAAAACAGUAAUUCCUACUUUGUAAAUGCAGACAGUUCACCAGUGUCGACAUGGGAUCACAUCUGUACCAUAAUGUCAGCAGCGUCGAGCGGAUGCAGAUUGAACUCCAGUCGUAUUUUCAGUUCUUUGGAAUUCAUUACAGAGAAAUCGCUUAUUGUUCUGAGGCUGCAGUGUCGUCGUCCUACCCUCGUGUUGGUCGAAGAGCAGCAUCCAGUUUCCUUCAACGAGAACCUGUUAUUGUACGUGCUGCUUUCAUCUUGCCACAUGUCAUGGCGUAGCUUGUCACGGCUGGGGAAGGCGGGAGAUCUCCAGGUGCUCACCGUCGACGCUCUGAGCGAGACGGAAUUGGGGGAGUCUGCUUUUUACAACGACACAACAUAUGAUGGUUUGAGUAACCUCAGCUCGCUAUCACUGGAAAUUCGAGAUGGCGCCACCUGCCCUCUUCCCAAAAUACUCACAACGUACACGUGGCCACGGCUGGCAGAGCUUUAUAUGAAUAAUAUUGAUGCCUCCCGCUUACCCGCUGGUUUAGACGUCCGCCUGCCGAAAUUGCAGUCUCUGACAAUCAGAAAUGCUCAUUUCAGUGUUCCCCCUGUCUUCCCAUGGGACAACGAAACAUUAACUUUGCCUCGUAACCUAUCCAGGGCAACAUUUCUUCAGGGCCACGAACAUAAACAUUUAGACUUCCCGACGAACAUAUAUCUUAGAAAACUGUCAAUCGCACGAAACCGGCUUCCACAACUGACUGAUUUCAAGUUUCGGGGCAGCUUGCUCCGCUUGGAACUAAACGACGACGGUAUUGAGGAGAUAGGAGGUGGCGUCUUUUCUGAAUUACACGACUUGCAAUAUCUUGACCUGAGUGGUAACCAGUUGAGCCAUUUGCCUCCGAAUUUACUGAAAUCACAAGUGGCCCUCCGUGUUCUUGACUUACAUGGCAAUAACAUCUCUAGCGUCAGUCAUGAAAACUUUGAAACGCUUACUAGUUUAAUAGUACUGAAGUUAAAUAAAAACAAUCUGGUUCAGAUCAGAUCAGGAACAUUCAGUGGUCUCAGGCGGCUCCAAUUUUUACAUUUGGAUCACAACAAAAUACACGUCAUAGAGCAUGGCGCCAUGCCAACAGCAUCGCUUAAUCUCGAGGAAUUGUACCUACAAAACAACCUUCUUCACAACAUCCCAGAGUUCCUUUUUGACAAUAAUAAUAUUGAAUUAGUCAAUAUGACUCGUAAUGUGAUAAAUUUUAAUGAUUCUUCUCGUUUCUUUGAUGAUCUAGGGAGAAUGCUUGGAAUCACGUCUGAGACCCCGAAAUGUGCAUCAUCAUCUAAACGCUUUGACCUUCGAUAUAACGAUAUAUCUUCAUUACCGUACAGCCUGAAUUGGAACAAUAGAAGUAAAAAAGCGUUGGCGUAUCUUUUUAAGUGCUUUAAAUUGGAUAUGUCCCACAAUAAUCUACACUGCGAUUGCAACAUUUACGAACUAUAUAACGUUUUUGCGGGUAAUACGCCAGGAAAUGGAUAUCUCAAUGAGGACACACUGAGCACUUUGUCGUGUGAAACCCCGACAGACGUCCGACGAACCACGUUAAUAGAUAUGACUCCAGCUAAAUUUAACUGUAAGGUGAAGGUACCCUUGUGUCCGCCGUCAUGCGAUUGCUACAGACAGACAAUCAGUCGAGACCUUCUCGUCGACUGCUCGAACAGAAGCCUAACCGCGCUCCCAGACUUUGCGCCAAAGGGAAGACUUCAACUUGAAAUGGCGGGGAAUUUGAUAGAGGUACUUGAACCGCGUCCGUAUCUGGCGAAUGCAACCAAACUUAUCUUGAGCAACAAUGCGAUACAAACAAUAGACCCAGCGGUGUUUGGCCUUUUUGCAGAACUUCGUACGCUUCACCUGGAUGGAAACCAUUUGACGCAUUUGCCAAAGGAGAUAACAAGUGUCAAUAUUUCUGAAAUCAAACUGGAUAAAAACUAUCUGUCGUGCGAUUGUAAGAGUACGUGGUUAAAGAGAUGGCUUAACGAAAAUGGCAAAAAUAUCCCAAGGUUUACAGAACUGACAUGCGCAGUCGGGAAGCAAAACGGCCAGAGGAUCAUUGACGUUCCAGAUUCUAGCUUCACUUGCGACCCUGAUGACGCCGGGACAAAGAGCCAAUUGAUCGUACCUAUCGCAAUAUGUCUUGCAGUGGUGCUGGUAAUAUUAGCUGUGAAUUUGAUAGUAUAUCGGUUCAGCAUAGAGAUCAAAGUGUUGGUUUACAACAAAUUUAACUGGCACCCGUUUGACCGCGUGGAUGACGAUGGCCCGGAGAAGAUCUUCGAUGCGUUCGUGUCUUACAGCAGCCAGGAUUAUAAGUGGGUGGUGCACAACCUUCGCCAUACGAUGGAGAACCAUGUUCCACCCUAUCGGUUAUGCGUGCACGACAGAGACUUCAUCGUGGGAGAAACGAUCUUCGACAACAUUAUGAACAGUGUUCAACAAAGCAAAAGAAUGAUCAUGGUACUGUCUCAGAACUACGUGGACAGCGAAUGGUGCAUGAUGGAAUUUAGGACUGCUCACCAGAAAGUGUUAAAAGAAAGAAGUAAAUAUCUAAUCAUAAUUUUGUUUGACGAUGUAAACAAAGACCAGCUGGAUGAAGAACUGUUGGCUUACCUGAACACCAGUACUUACUUGGAGGUGAGCAGCAAAUGGUUUUGGAAGAAAUUGUUUUACGCAAUGCCAGAUUUGUCAAAAAGACGUUCGCUGGUGUCCGAGCACUCCGGCUAUGAAUUGAACUUUAGACCCGAUGCCGAAGAGGGGAUUAUAAGUAAUAGAGAAUGGACAGCGUAUAAAAAACACUAAUACUGGUACACCAUCUUAAACACCGGUCAGUAAUAGCGGUAUUCCAGCGGGCAAAUUAUGUUGUUUUAUCGUUAAAACAACGUUGAACCAUAACGUUGAGAAGACAUUGGAUAAACG